AUGGUGCAAACAUCAACCAUAGUCGCCGCCGCAGUCGGCACCUUCGCGACUGGCUUUGUUGCAUAUGCUGUGUACUUCGACUACAAGCGCAGAAAUGACCCCCAAUUCAGAAAGCAACUGAAGAAGGAUUCGAAAAGACAGGCUAAGGCUGCUAAGGAGGAAGCAGAGGCUCACACACUCCGGCAAAGGCAGGCUAUCCGGGAGGCACUUGAGGAAGCAAAGGAAGAAGGAUUUCCUUCAGAUUUGGAGGACAGGGAAGCAUACUUCCUACAAGAAGUCGCCAGAGCAGAGGGUUUGGCCGGAGAAGGAACCGACAACAUUGAGGCUGCUCUUUGCUUCUACAAGGCCUUGAAAGUCUACCCAACACCGGGCGAUCUGAUUGCGAUUUAUGACAAGACAGGCAAUGCCCAAGGCAGUCCUCGACAUACUGGCAGAGAUGAUUGCGGCAGACUCAGAACUCAAAGUUGGUCCUUUUACAAGUGGCCCAGGAUCUGA